AUGUAUUUACCAAUCAAAUUUAUUAAGAACAAUAGUAUUAAACCGGUGUGUAAUGCAUUGAUCAAUCAAGUAACAAGACAUCUGAGUACAACAAAUCACAAUCAACAGAUUAGAAAUGAUGAAGCAGUGUCACUAAUCUUUGAUAGGAAAACCAAAACGUUACAGCGUGAAAGAGCAGCCUUGGCGAAGGAUGUGAAUUUAUAUGAUUAUCUCAAAGAAGAGAUGGGAUAUCGACUUGCUGACCGAAUCUAUGACAUUAAAAGGAAGUUUAAGUUGGCUGCCAACAUUGGCUGUAGCCGAGGAUAUGUGGCCAAACACAUAUCACCAGAAUCUGUUGAGGAAAUCAUACUUUGUGAUACUAGCCAUGCCAAUUUAGAUAGCUUUAAGAUGCAAGAAGGUAUUAAAGUGAACAAGAGAAUAUUAGAUGAAGAAAAUAUUGAGUUUGAACGUAGUUCAUUAGACCUGGUAGUCUCCAGUCUGAAUUUACAUUGGGUAAAUGAUCUACCAAGGGUAUUUAAGAGUAUUCUUGAUGGACUAAAACAAGAUGGUGUUCUGAUGGCAUCAGUUUUUGGUGGAGAUACUUUGUAUGAGCUAAGAUCAUCCUUGCAAUUGGCUGAACUUGAAAGAAAAGGAGGUUUGUCACCUCAUAUUUCACCUUUUACAGAAGUCAGAGAUAUUGGGAGUCUUCUACAAAGAGCAGGCUUCACAAUGUUAACAAUUGACACAGAUGAAUUAGUUGUUAACUAUCCAUCAAUGUUUGAACUUAUGUGGGACCUAAAGGGGAUGGCAGAAAGUAAUGCUGCAUUAAAUAGAUCAUUGCAUUUGAACAGAGAUACACAAUUUGCAGCAGCAGCAAUUUAUGAACAACUUUAUGGUAAAGUUGAUCCAGAAAGUGGGAAGUUAAGUAUCCCAGCUACUUUCCAGAUAAUAAAUAUGCUGGGUUGGAAGCCUCAUCCAAAGCAACCUCAACCACUUGAGAGAGGUACUGGUGAAGUGUCUCUAAAGGACUUGUACAAAUUAGAUGAAAUUAUAAAAGAAGUGAAAAAGAUUGAUCCAGAAAAGUCAUGAUUUUGCAGAAUGAGAGUUUAAUGAGAUGUUGAAGUUUAAUUAUAUAAUAAAUGUAUUUUAAUAAAAUGAUUUUUUGGUCUGUUAACUAGAA